UCCAAGCCAUGCGACAUUGAAACACCGUGCCGAAUCGCGCAAGUCCCACUGCCGGUUUUCGUCAGGUGUCGUAUCAGUCGCUCCAACGGUGGCUGCAUCUAGUGACCCAAAGAACGCGUGUUUUGUGUAUCCUCAGCGUCCAACUAGCAUCGACCCAAGCCGAUCGUUUCAUCGCAUAAAGACAGCCAGCCGCGAUUGACAGGGCUGAUCGACAUGGACCCAGGAGUCUCGGAAACACCGGCCAACGGAAUUGCGGACAAUGAGGCUGGAAAACCAAAAGACGUGAAUAUCAUGAUGGCGAACAUCAAUAUACAGGCUGCCAAAGAAAAGCUGAAGUCGUCAUGGCUGAGCAAUUUGAUGAUGGAAGAUGCCACCGGUUGGGAGACUCUUAUCAUAGCGCUUGCUGAGGUGAUUGGCACCGCCAUUUUAGUCUUCAUUGGAUGCACAGGCUGCAUCGGGAGUUUGGGGGUUAACCCCUCGGUAUUCCAGCUCUCCCUAACCUUUGGCCUAGCUGUCAUGAUAGCUGUACAGAGCAUCGGUCAUGUCAGUGGCGCGCACAUAAAUCCGUCUAUAACAGUGGCAGCACUGAUCCUAGGGAAGAAGUCUCUGCCCAUGAGCAUCCUCUACAUCGGUGCCCAGUGCUUCGGGGGUCUGAUAGGUUACGGUUUGCUCAGGCUGAUAACUCCGGUCGAGUUGAUCUACGGCUCCAAUCCAGACACAGCGCUCUCCUUCUGCAUGACCGACAUCCACGAGAAUCUGUCCACCUUCCAAGGUGUGAUGACGGAGUUCAUAGCAACCGCGAUUUUAGUCCUCUUCGCCUGUGGCAUAUGGGAUUGCCGCAACUCCAAGAACACAGACUCGGUGUCCAUGAGAUUCGGCUUCUGCGUCGCGGCUCUGUGCACCAUUUUCGUCCCCUACACUGGGUGCAGUCUGAACCCAGCUAGGACCCUGGGCCCAGCUGUCUGGAACGGUUACUGGACCAAUCACUGGGUCUUCUGGAUAGGCCCCAUCAGUGGCGCCAUCGUGGCGUCGCUGUUCUAUCGAUGCCUCUUCCAUUGCAAGAGGAUCGAAACUGACUCUGGACAGCGUGAAUAAGAGUCUAGGCCGAAGAAUAACGAUGCGAGCAGAAUUGCAUUCCGGUGGUCCAUGGUUCACAAUUCGAGCGAGAAAUCCUAAUCGUGUCGCAGAAGCCGGAAGUGGAGCACGGUCGCAGGGCCGUAGGAAGAACGAGAAGAGCUGCAGGCUUCGCGGGAUGCCACGCGAGGAGGACUUCUCGAUUGCGUAGACUGAUUUUUCCCGAAACGAAUCGUUUCCUUCGUUAUCGCUACACUCCUUCCUCUUCUCUUCUAUCGCGCGAAAAAUUUUCUCGUGGAAUUCAGGCUAGGCUCCCCUCGUCGGAGGGGCCCUCCGAGGCGUGGGGAUAGAAGCACGAAAAUUGUUCGCGGGAUCUGUUCCGAGUGGGAAUAAGAGAUAUAGGGUACAAAGAGGAUUCUCGAUGAAGGUUGGACGAAGACUGUUUUCCAAGCUUCCUACUUUCGAUUUCGAAUCUUCUCAAAAUUCUUCGAUUUUUUAAGUCAAUUUUAUUGUAUUAAAAUUGCCAGCGAAAAUUUACGUUGAUCGAAACUGAUUCAGG